GGCGGUGUGUAAGGGCUGCUGCAUGCUCCGCCCGCUCGGGGUGUUCGGGUUUAAGUCGGAGAGAAGCGUGACAGAGUUUCUCAGCUGUGUACCACCUCUUGUUCAACUUUAAAGACCGUGACUGUUCACACUUAGCAGACGCACACAGAGGAGGAGGACUUCAUGUCAAGGUCCACUUGAAUUGCUGUUAUGUUGACUCUUGGACAGAUGGGGGUGAGGAUGCUUCACAGGGACCUGCUGCCGGCUGUUUGGCUGUGUUGUCUGUUGGCUGUUCAGGUGCACAGCUGUCCAGAUGCCUGCAGAAAGUGUUUAGGCCCAGAAAAUGACAAGUGUGUGGAAUGCAGAGCAGGAUGGAUGCUUCAUUAUAACAUCUGUGUAGACAUUGAUGAGUGCGGCACUGAGCUGGCUAAGUGUCCUACCAGCAGUUACUGCUUUAAUACAGAGGGCUCCUUCGAGUGCAGAGACUGUGACCCAGCCUGUGUGGGCUGUAUGGGUAAUGGUCCGGUACGCUGCAGAAAGUGUGCCCCUGGGUACAGACUGACAGGGUCCAAGUGCUUGGAUGUAGAUGAAUGCAGUGACAGGGUACUCGCCUGUCAUGGUCUGAAUGAGAUUUGUACCAACACUGAAGGCUCUUUCUCCUGCAACUGUGCUGAAGGAUUUAUCCGCAAGGAAAGUGUUUGUGUAAAGAAGCAGCUGCCUAGUGUCCAGGAAAAGGGUCUGUUUGAGGAUAUCCAGGAUGAAGAGGUAGAGGUUCUGCAGCAGAUGUUCUUUGGCGUGGUGCUUUGUGCUCUGGCCACAAUGGCUGCUAAAGGAGAUAUGGUCUAUACAUCUCUGUUCAUGGGUGCAGUGGCAGCCAUGGCGGGGUACUGGCUCUCUGACAGAGGAGACCGUUUGUUAGACAGCUUCUUAAGGGGACGUUAAAGCUCAGCACUGUCUGUGGAAGCACUAAAAAGAGGAUUUCACACUAAAAACUUUGAUGUUUCGGAAGAUAGACACUUUAUCUGGCAAACUCAGACUGCUAAAGCCUCAGAUUAACUGCAGCUCAACUUUUUAAUGCAAUCUUAUAUUUGAACAAGGACUGAGGACUUUGUCCCUGUCGCUUUGAGAAGGGGAUCUCUUUGCAGGUGUUACGCAGAGAAUUUACAGCAUU